AUGGCGGUCGCCAUCCUCUCGCUCAUCGGUCUGGCCGCCCUUGUCCUCUACACCGUGCUCACCUGCUAUCAGAACUACCGCAAGUGCCCUCAGUUCGAUGGCCCUUUCCUGGCCAAAAUUUCCGGAGCCUGGCUUUUCUUUCACACUUUCUCGGGCAAGCUGAAUGAGGACAAUGCAGCAUUGCUUCGAAACCAUGGCUCCUUCGUGCGCAUCUCCCCGGACAAGGUCGUCACCAAUGACCCCGUCGUCCUCCGGCAUAUGAGUUCCCCUCGCUCAGAUUUCCGGAGAGGCACCUUCUAUGAUGCCUUCUCCACCCAGCCGACCCUCCGAAACGUUCUCUCGCAAAAGGACGAGAAGCUGCACAAUAGCUUGCGGUCGAAGUUGAUUCGCGGUUAUUCCGGAAAAGACCUGCCAAAUCUCGAGGCUGACAUUGAUGCCCGCAUUGCCGACCUCGUGGCCCUGAUUGGGAGCGAAUGCUCCAACAACAAGCUGAUCGACUUUAGUUCUUUCGCGCAGUACUUCACCCUGGAUGUCCUGACCCACAUUUCCUUCUCCGCUCCUGUCGGUUAUCUCACACAGAAUAGAGAUGUCUAUUCCUACAUCAGCAAAGUCUCCGACUUCCUGCAGGUCCUCGAGCUGGGUGCCAACAUCCCUACAGUCCAGCGGAUCCUUGACAGUGUGCUCAUGGCACCGUUCCGACCCAAAAUCACCGACGCCGACGGCAUGGGCGCAAUGAUGGGCAUGGCUUCAAAGGCAGUUGCCUUCCACUAUGCCCCGGACGCCAAGGCCUACCCGGACAUGUUGGGCUCGUUUAUCAAGCACGGUUUGACACAGCAGGAAGCCGAGUCUGAAGCGAUGGUGCAGGUGCUGGGAGGGAGUGAUUCGACUGCCACCGCUGUGCGCAUGAUCAUGCUGUACAUCAUCACACACCCGGAGGUGUACGGUAAGUGCGUCAAGGAGAUUGAAGCCAACGAGUCCGUCUUCGGCGAUUCCAUCUCGUCGGCUGCCUCUCGCCAGCAUCUGCCCUAUGUCCAGGCCUGUAUCAAGGAGGGACUGCGCAUCUGGCCACCUCUUCAAGCCCUCAAUUCCAAAUUAUCCCCUCCAGGUGGGGAGACGGUCAAUGGGGUCUUCAUCCCUGGCGGCAUCGAAGUCUGCCACAAUGCCUACACGACGCAACGACGCACGGAGAUCUAUGGCGUGGACGCCGACCAAUUCCGCCCCGAGCGCUGGCUGGAGGCCGCCGAGGAGGCCGGCAAAGCCCAUGCGGCCAGCAUCGACCAGGGACUCGGGGAGGACGGCGUCAGUGUUGGGGCGGGGGGAGACGGCAAGACUCGGCUGGCGAGAAUGGAGUCGACCCUCGAGUUGAUCUUCGGCAGUGGUCGCUUCGGUUGUCUGGGCAGACACAUUGCCUUGAUCGAACUCGACAAAGUCAUUCCUGUGUUGUUGCGAGACUUUGGCUGGGCAGUGGCAGACCCAAGUCGGGGGAUUGAGAGUAAGUGUUUCGGGGUUUUUGUGCAGAAGGGCAUGUGGUUAAAGGCGACGCCGAGGAGAGUGCACGACAAACACUCGGAGUGA